AUGAAACCUGACCUUCCAAAGCCUAUUGAAGUCAAGGGGAAUCUUUCUCAGGAGGAAACCAGCAGGAGGCAGCCGGCAGGGCUGCUUUCUUCCUCGUGGCUUCAAAAGGACUGGUGCUUGGGCAGCUUAACCGUUUUUAAUAAGGAGGAUUUUGAAGGGGAGUGGGUCAGGGUGGCGAGCGGAGGCUUUGGGCAGGUGUACCAAGUGAAGCGCAAGCGGUGGAGGAUGGUCUAUGCUGUGAAAUGCUCCCAAUGUCUGCUGCCGGAUUCCAGCUCAGACAGCAUGAACUGCCUUGUCAAAGAGGCAGCCAAGAUGGAGAAAAUAAAAUUGCAGCAUAUUGUCUCCAUCUAUGGGAUUUGCAACAGCCCACUGGGGAUAGUGAUGGGACACAUGGCCCAGGGGUCCUUGGAGACAGUGUUCCCCACCCACAAACUGUCCUGGCAGCUCAAGUUCCGCAUUAUCCAUGAGAUGGGGUUGGCUAUGAAUUUCCUGCAUAACACGACACCACCUUUACUUCACUUAGACUUAAAACCGGGGAAUAUCCUUCUAGAUGGGAAUGUGCACGUUAAGAUUUCAGACUUCGGGUUGUCCACUUGGAUGGAGCAAGUGAGCCGGAUGCAGUACAUUGAGAGAUCAGCCUUGAGGGGCACCCUGAGCUACAUCCCGCCCGAAAUGUUUCUCCAGAACACCAGGCCUCCAGGAACUGAAUACGAUGAGUAUAGCUUUGGGAUUGUCAUUUGGGAGGUUCUUAUGCAGAAGAAGCCAUAUUCAGAGACUGGUUACCCACAUUCCCCCACCAGCGAGGUCGAGGGCCUGGAGAGCUUCAUAAUGUCCAAGGAAGUCCGCAGAGCCCAGGAAAAUGGCCUCACCCUGCUUCACCUCGUGGUGGUUCAAGGAAAUGUGGAGAAGGUGAAGUCUCUGUUGAGUCGGGAGGCCAACGUGGACAGCCAGCUGGACUGUGGCUACACCCCACUCAUCGUGGCUGUCCAGAAGAGGUCACCAGAGAUCUGCUCAGCUCUAAUAGAGCACGGCGCAGAUGUCAACGUGGCUGACAAAGACGGCUGGUCCCCUCUUCAUUUUGCGGCUCAGAACAGGGAUGACAGGAUUGUGCUCCUCUUGCUGGACCACCAGGCGCAGGCAGGCUCCCAAGAACAUGAAGGCUGGACUCCACUCCACUUGGCAUCUCAGAACAACUUCGAGAACGUGGCUCAGGUUCUGCUUUCCCGCCAGGCUGACCCCAACUGCCAGGAGAAUGAUGGGAGAACUGCCCUCCACAUGGCAGCUUGCUUCGGACACGUCAGCCUUGUGAAACUCCUGGCCAGCUAAGGAGCUGACCUGGAGAGGAAGCAGAAGAACCACCGGACCCCGCUGCACUUUGCCGUGGAGAGGGGUAAGUUCAGGGUGGUCCAAUACCUGCUGAAAAGUGGGGCAUCUGUCAAUCGCCUGGAUGAGAAUCACUACAGUGCCUUGCACAUGGCCGCAGUGAAGGGGAAAUACCUGAUAUGCGAGAAAUUGAUCAAAUACGGGGCCAAUGUGGACUUGAGGACAGACAAAGCGUGGACCCCCCUACACCUGGCUUGUUUUAAGGGCUGCAUCAAAAUCGUCUGUCUGCUAAGAGACAACCACGCUAAACUGAAUGUCAAAGGAGGCAUGGAUUGGACACCUCUUCAUGUGGCCACCCGCUACAGCAAAGAGUCUGUGGUCUGUGAGGUCCUGAGAAGUAGGGUGGACCCCAACAUCAUUGAGAAAUCAGAGUUGACCCCUCUCCACCUCGCGGUCCAGCGGGGUGCCUUCCUGAGCACCAUCAACCUUCUGGAGCACAAAGCAGACAUCAAUGUUAAGAACAAGGUGGGCUGGAUGCCCCUCCAGCUGGCCAUUAGGAAUCAGAAGCAAAACAUUGCUACCUUGCUGCAAGGCAAGGACUUGCCAGUGAAUAACAUGGGGAGCAGGGUGACAUGGAGUGGUGAAAAAGCUUAA